CCUUGUUGCUCGCAGUCUUCGAGAAACUUGGUCGCAUAAACCGUCCGCAUAUAUCCGAGUUGUCUAUCGCGCCAAAAUGAUCGUCCCCAUCCGUUGCUUCUCUUGCGGCAAGGUCGUCGGUGAUCUCUGGGAGAAAUACAUGGACCUUCUCACCGAAGAGAUGGCAGAAGGCGACGCCCUUGACGCCAUUGGUCUCCAACGCUACUGCUGCCGCCGCAUGAUCCUCACCCACGUCGACCUCAUCGAGAAACUGCUCAAGUACAACGCCAGCGAACGAGAACAGGCCAGGGCAAUGCGCGCAGGGCGAUAAGCGAGGGCUACGACCAAGGAUAAUUUCGCAACAAGAACACGCGUGCCAGGAAUGAAAUAGCGUCAACCUCGGAGUUUUGGAAAGGCAUGGAAUUGGCGUUAUAAUAGGUCGCAGGAGCAUCACGAUGCCUUCUGUAGCAUAAUGGAAAUGAAUCAGACAAUAAAUGCGCUACAUGUCUUUUUGAGGUGUGGGCUUGGACAGGAACCACGAA